ACAUAUGAACACAAGCACACUCACGAACUGGUCUUCGCCACGAAGGCCUCAAAGUACCAAGUUCAGAGGCUGGCCUUGGCCGGACGUUCACCUGUUUGGUUUAGCUGGUCUUCCAUAUCAUGUUAAACAGCAUGGAAUUGUGCUCAGUUCGAUCGGGUCCGGCCCAACCCGGCUGCACGGGCGCGCUGCACUUCGGUUGCCAUGCUGCCGACGGCUGCACUGGAGGGGAAGCCCGAAUUAUGCGGCCCAGAGCAGCAGCACUUAUGGUGACGCUCCAGUGGAGCUCAGUGGUGUGUCGACUUGAGCCAGCUUACACAGAAGGCGCGGCGUCCGACGCGGGAGCCCGAAGUCAAGCGGCCUUCAGUUGGACCCUGCGCUGCAUCGGGGUGGUCUUGGAUCCUGCUAGCACCGCGUGUAGGCACGUGAGCAACGCGCUGAUGACAGGAGCAGCUGAAGCCAGCUGCCCACCCGGUGUGGGCGGGCACUGCACACCACUGCAUGUGGACGUGCAUGUGCAUAUGUCGCAUGCAACGUCAUGCGCGCCGGACGCGCGUCCUUUUUGACCAGGUGAAACGCUGUCUCCUGUAUGCCGACCAAGGUCCUUACGGCCUUGGCACGGUGUGCCAACAGGAGCGCUUGCGAGACGGUGGUGAGGAAUUGGGGCCUAGCAAGUCCAGUUCAGAACCGUGCCGGCGGUGGUGAUGCCGGUGGUUGUGCGAUGGGACAGGCGGUGGUGAUGCUGGUGGUUAGGGGAAAGUGGGCAACCCUGCAUUGUCGCCCGCAUCCUGUCCAUACGUACUGCGGAUACGGCACCAACGGGGUCACGAGGACUCAUUUUACCCUACCCUUACCUCUGCGUCCUGCGUUUCGCGCAUUUCGGUCGCACUGUCUAACUCAACGUCAGGCAGGAGGCGUGGAUCUCACCGACUGCUGCCCUAGUCUUGAUCUGUCUCUCAGACCUCAUUCAAUUGUCCCAGACUGCACAUGCACAUGCACAGGCUUCAGUGCCAUGAGACGCUGCCUGAAGACCCUGGCACGCCCCGACGCCCAUCUGCCAGCUUUGCACCUCGAUGACGCACCCUUGCAUGUACAGAAUGGGACGUCCAGGAGUGUCCGCUUGCGACGCCUUAAUUGGCUACGUUGAAGCGAUGUCGUGUUGUGAGCGGCGCCGUGGUGGUGGGGCACUGGUGCAGACCCGGAGGCUAGUCCAGGCUAGUCCGUCCACAUCGUGCCAAAAGUUGUUCCCCACAUCGGAGCACCGGUUGGUAGCGGUGCAGGUCAGAGCUGCCCCCGCUUUGCGCCAACGCACCCGCUAGAGCAACUUGUCAUGCAGGCGAGGUCAGACGUGUAACCUGAGGUAUGG